AAAGCCACUUGUGAGCGCGAUUUAUCCGCGUUUAAACCUUCCCGCUCCGGCUGCCCCUCGCUGUCCAUCAAGCUUUUCAAUCUCUCGCUGGGUAAACUGCUGGAAGUGUCGGAGCUCCUCAGCCUUUGACCCCGGCAGCGCCUCUAAUCUGCGCGGAGGAAUGAGAGGCAUUCUUCAGCUGCUGCAGCAGGAGGUGGAGGAGCUGCCGGUGGGAGGGGAACUUACGACGUAGUAGGGACCCAGUCAGUCAGUGAAGUUUCCAGCGACUCGGCCAUCACGGUCCGGAGCUAUCCUCCCUGAGAUGAGCGCGCUCGGCGGAAGGGAUUUACGCGGGGAAACGAGGCGGUGAUCGCGGGGGUUUAGUGGAGCGCGGUCCGGCUCCGGAUCAUCCGAACAUGGGUCAGACGGCCGUGUCGGCUGUGGCCAAGCCCGCGAGCGUUGAUGGGUUGGAGAAGUCAUCAUCGUUGGCCAGCUGCGACGUGGUGGUGGACAGCGCCGCCAAUACCCAGAAUGCCCCUGCAACGCGGCAGCAGCGAGGCAAGCUGUCGUCACUAGGGAAGCUGUUCAAGCCCUGGAAGUGGAGGAAGAAGAAGACCAGUGACAAGUUCCAGGAUCUUUCCAAAGUUCUAGAGAGAAAAAUCUCCACCAGACAAACGAGGGAGGAGCUGAUCAAGAAAGGAGUUCUCAUCGCCGAACAAGAAGAAGCAAACAACAGUCAAAAUCUCAACGGCCACGCCACGUCCAGCGUGACGUCGGAGGAGGUCAAAGUUGACAUCGAGUCACCAGAGGUGCUGCAAGAGGGAAAGGCCUCUGGGCCUGGCUGCACCGCGGAGAAAACAGCUAAAUCCUCCCAUCCAAAGAAGACAGGAGGAACUGCAAAGGCCACCGCCGCCUCCACCUCCACCUCCAACCCUCGCUCUCGUGCAUCUAAGGAUGCGGUUGCUGCAGCACAGGUCGAGGGAAAAGAUGCAAAGACCAAGCAGAAAUCAUGCAUUCACUUACCUCAAAAGCCCACCACAGAGACUCCUAGUCCGCCUGGGGGGUCAAAGGCCUCGCCCCCUUCCUCAGACACGAAGCCCGUCUCAUCCAAAGCCUUGGGCAAUGAGACGGAGGGAGCUGCUUCCCAGUCUGCUCCCAGUGCAUCCGCUGGGGGCGAGGAGAAUCACAAAAGUCUGGCUCCUGAAUCUGCAGUCCAACCUCCUCAUGUCAACACUGAUACAGAGGACACUUCCUUCACAGAGGUAGAGACGGAGACCUGCUCCCAGGGGGAGAAAAGGGAGAGAACAGGAGGAGAGGAAGAAAAGAAGAAAGGAGAAACCGAUUCUGCUGCGGAGACCAGUCCCAGGUCAGCUGAGGGCCGAGCUGAGAAGCCCCAGGGCCUGAGUGUGAAAACAGACCAGGCCGAGGUGACGGUGAUCCCUGAUAGGCCGAGAGACAGCCAAGCUAGUGACUCCGACUCCGACGGUCCAAUCCUGUACCGGGAUGAGGAGGAAGACGACGAGGAGGAUGACGAGUACACAAAUAGUUCUCUGGCCAGUAAGAUCCGCCGGCGGGACACGCUGAACAUCAAGCUCAGGAACCGGCCCAGCAUGAGGGAGCUGGAGGACAAGAACAUUCUGCCCCGGAGCUCUGAGACGGAGAGACUAGAGCUCCGGCAGAAGAUAGGCAGCAAACUAGUCAGACGCCUGAGCCAAAGACCCACCACAGAGGAGCUGGAGCAGAGAAACAUCCUCAAGCAAAAGAAUGAUCUGGAGGCGCAAGAAGCCAGGCAAGAGAUUAAAAGGAGGCUCUCCAGAAAGUUGAGUGUGAGACCCACAGUGGCCGAGCUCGUCGCCCGUAGGAUCCUUUGCUUUAAUGAGUACGUGGAGGUAACAGACGCCAAGGAUUACGACCGGCGGGCUGACAAACCCUGGACACGGCUUACUCCUGCUGACAAGGCUGCCAUUCGGAAGGAGCUGAAUGAGUUUAAGAGCCGGGAGAUGGAGGUUCAUGAAGACAGCAAACAGUUCACCAGAUUCCAUCGGCCCUAGAGCCGCCCGCUGUCAGCCGGACGUCAGCACCACGACCUCUCGGGGUCGGGGGGGCCACAGCUCCCAGCCCUGCAGACCCUCAGCAAACAGCUCAGUCCACUCUACUUACCCCUGAUGUAUUUAUAUCCCCAGUGACAGCUACAGGUUGUGUCUUAAGGCCCCGGCCAUCCACAGGCUCUGGUGAAACACAUCACACAAAUCUAUAGCUGUAGAACCAUUUAUUUAUUGCAUUUGACCAGAGCCUCCUUUUUUUUUGAUUCACUUCCGGCCUUUCAAGCUUCCCCAGAGGUAGAACUGGGUGAAGCUGCCCUCGUUACAAUGAAUGUGGCUCAAGUGUACUUUCGAGUUUUCGUACAUUCUGUGGUUUGCCUUGUCAAUAACUGCCAAACGGCCAUAUAUGGACAUCCUCCUGGUGCAGGAGGUGCGAGUGAUUGGAUGGUUGUGUGCUGUUGUCACGGAUCAGGGAGGGGGGGGGGGGAGAGGAGGCUGGCUCUGCUCCCAUGUGCCCCUCACAGCUCCUUCUGAAAUACUGCAGUUCAUUUGGUUUCAGACACGUUCAAAGUGUAACAUUGCCACUAGGGGGCAUCAUAUCAUCAGGGUUGUGGCCCGUGAGGAUGCAGCCGUUUGUGUAGAUGAAGAACAAACUGCGAAUGUUAUAUUUAUAACCGCUGAGGGAGCUGUGGGCUCCUGAGGCUCUCACAGCGUAGUGCAAUGGAAAUCACUCGGAGUAGAGCCGCUGCUAGUCGCCCGGCCUUCGUCCUGAUGGUCCGGUGCCAUCACCCAUCCUGCGUUGAGUCAUCAAGGGGAUGUACUCUCCGUGCUUUGACUCCGGUAUCUCAUGUUUAAGGCCUACUCAGAGUGAUUUGGUGCCAAAGAGGAAAGAGGAAGCCAGAUCUGUCUCCUACUGGGUCCAGCUUGUCGUGUGGACUUCACAUGAAGGUUCUGUGAAUAUCGAGCAGGCAGGGAGGGUUUCAAGAGCUGAAUGUUAAAUGUGACGAGGGUCGUUAACGAUGAUUUGUAUUUGGCUGAGAACCCAAAACCUAUAACUUCAGCUGUCAGAAAUAUUGAAGGACUCAUAAAAGAAGAAGAAGAAAAGAAAAAACAACAAAACACGUUGCCUACUCAUUCCCGUCAUCUGAAAUUCAACAAGCACACUCGUCAUGUUUUCCUUCCGUGCGUGUUUUGACUAGAAAGGAGAUGUGUCAUUCCAACAACUGAAGAGGAGCAAUUUGUCCUCUCGGAGGACGCUACAUGAAAUGUUUGCGCGCUGAUGGAAAAAGAUACCAACAGUAUUCAUUCAUGUCAAUAUCUUUGUUCUUGUAUAUUGAUUAUUUUGUACAGGAUGUAUAUGGAGCAUGUGCAUACAUUUAAAUCCCCUUGACUACCAAUAUGAUACAAUGCAACCUCGAUGUGAAUGUUUUAAGCUCUGAUUUUAGUCGUCUUAUUUUUAUUCUAUUGUCUCGUGCGGUGCAAACACAGCAGCUGUUUUUAGUCUGUCUUUAUCCAAUCUACUGGUAUCCACAGCAAACCAUGGAUGAGAUAUCUGGCAGGUAAAUAAAUCCCAUUACUUCAUCCACUGCUCAGCAGGUGCAGUUCAGCCUCUUCAUGAAUAGCGACUCAGUAUCUCCUCAGACCGUACGUUACCUUGUGCAAACUCGAGAAAAGGAACAAACAGUAAACAGACUGUAAAUGAAGAUGGAAGAAUCGUCUCCACUUCCAGAAAUUAAAUCUCCUGGAUAUGAACGCUGCCAUUUUGCGUAUUCGGAGCCAGAGUCUGUGCAGCUUAUUGAUUGGACGUCCCGCCAAUACACACACUCGACCAAUCAUGAGUCAGUCAGUUAAAGUUAAAUGAGAUAAAGCAGAUCUGGUAUCACUUUAUUUUAACCCAGAGUGCUGUAUUUAACACUUGCAGUCAGGAUGCAGUCAAUGAGUUCAUGGUUAUAUAGUUGUAAACAGAUAUGAAGUAUUUAUCAGUGUAUUUUUAAACUCCUUAUAUGAAGCAUAGACACAUGUAUGAACAGUUUACAACAUUUACAUCCAUCUGAUACAAUGUUAUUAACCAUUUAUAGCAUAGUUAACAAGAGACUACAUUAUACUGUGUUACAAAUGUUUACUGGUUAUAAAUGUUAAAUUGAGGCAGUAAAAUAAAGUGGUACCUGAUAAGAAGCUUUAGAUAUAUAUAUGUUUUAUCUAAGUCCAGGCAACAAAGUUGUGUUUUCCCUUUUAAAACAGAUGUGACUUUAUAAUUACAUAGAGGCGAGAGCUUUUCUGGAUUAUUGCCACAUCAAUAAGUUUGUCUUUCUUCAGCAACAGUGAUGCCUUAAACGUGAAAUUAAGUACGGCUACUGCUGCUUUGCAAUUACGGAGACUUCCUUCCUUUGAUGGACAUGUUUACACGUGUGAACGCCUGCUGCUGUGAAGCGUCCCUCAACACUUCCUUCAAAUCAAAACCCACAUUUCAGACAGGAGCCAUCACCAGAUCUCUGCUGCUGCUGCUCCUGAUCCAAAGUCUUUUAUAAUCUUUUCUCGAUCCUGUAAAAGCUCACAGUGAGGUGACAUGACUCGCCCCGGGAAUCGAUUUGUCUUCUUCCAACGCAGAAGGCAGAAAGAGGCUCAGAGCAGCAAAGACCCAGAACCUGUCACACGGACUAUAAACACCUUUACUGUAUGUUUGACAGUAAAUACUCAUCUUUGAACUUAUAUGAUGUCGUAUAUAUAUAUAUAUAUAUAUAUAUCCCAGAACUCUGUACUGUUACAUGCAAACUGUGUAUAUUGUUUUUGUAUAUAAAGAAUCAUGGAAAAAGUA